AUGACAAUUUCAGUCGAGAAUGAUGUAUACACAGCUGUACUCGAAGCACAAGAACGCAUCUCAUCACACAUCUACACCACCCCCUUAGAGUAUUCGCACUAUCUCAGUGCAGCAUGCGGGGGUGGCGCCAAGGUGUACUUGAAACUGGAAAGCGAGCAGAGGAGCGGGUCGUUCAAGGCGAGAGGUGCAUUCAAUAAGGUCAUGAAAAGCGUGGAACAGGCCGCACACUCAGAUCAAACGGAUGCCAAA